AUGAUAUUAAUUUUUCAUUUUCUGUGCUUAUUGGCGCGAUAUGUAGUUUCAAAUAUAGCAAAAUCAAUUAAUAAAAAAGAAAUUCAUUCACAGUCUACGGACAAUAUUGUAGGAUUUUCGAAACAAACUUACUAUUCUGGUGGGAUACUUAAAUUUUCUCCUCCUGUUUAUAUUCAGAGGUACGAAACAGUUGCACUAAUACUACAAGAAUUUGCAGCUGAAGGUAAAAUUAAUAAGGUUGUUGAAUUCGGGUGUGCGGAUUUAAAUUUUUUCAUGUAUAUGAAAAAAAUUAAAGAAAUAAAAGAAAUUUUUGAGAUUGAUAUUGACAAAGAAAUACUUGAAAGAAAUUUAUACAAAACUUCUCCAUUAGCAUUUGAUUAUCUAACUAGAAAAAACCAUAAUUCUUUAGAUGUUUAUGUUCUUAAUGGAAAUGUCGCUGAUUAUGAUGAAUAUUUAGUUGGAACAGAUGCUAUUAUCGGAAUUGAAUUGAUUGAACAUCUUACUGAAAAAGUUCUUAAAAAAAUGAUUUUUAAUAUUUUCAAUGAAAUAAAACCGAAAGUAAUUAUUUUCACUACUCCAAAUGCUGAAUUUAAUUCAUUACUCCCAAAUCUUACCGAUAUGAGACAUUGUGAUCAUAAAUUUGAAUGGACUAGAAAAGAAUUUUUCACAUGGACUCAAGAGAUUAUUCAAAAGUAUCCUGAGUAUAUUGUUAGAUUUUAUGGUAUUGGACCUGGUCCUGAUGGUAGUGAAAAUUUAGGGUGUUGCUCUCAAAUGGCAGUAUUUCAAAAAAAUAAAGAUUCUGAAGAAGCAUUUAUUACAGCAAGGGAGUUUCCAGAAGUACCAGAUAAAACUCAUAAAUAUGAAUUAAUCGCUCAUUAUAAUUAUCCAGAAAGACAAGAAACUAGAACUAAAGAUGAAAAAAUUGUACACGAAAUUCAAUAUCAACUUCCCUACAUAAUAAAAUUUUCUGAUUUUUUCAAUUAUGAAGAAAAUGUUAAUGUGAUUCCUUUAAGUGUACUAAGAGAUUUUGUGUCUGAUUUAUGCAGUACUGAAGAAGAAUUUGGAGAUAUUUUAAUGUCAAAUGGAAUGAAUAUUGAAAAAAGAGAUGGCGCUUUAUAUUUAAUAAAAGCUGAAUCAGUUUCUGAUCUAGAAGAUUAUAGUAUUGAUGGUAGUUUGGACAACUAUGAUAAUAAAAAAUAUUACUUAAAAGAAGAAGUAAAUUUUAAUGAGUCGUGGGAAACAAAUGAAAACUGUUCACAAAUAUUAGAUGAUGCCAAUAAUUUUCAAACGCCCAGGACUUUAAACGAACUCAAAGAUCCCAUUUGGAACUGUCAAAUGUCUUCUCCUGAAUUACACACAGAAUUACAUAAAAAAACGAGGCAAAUGUCUGAACCUGAAAGUACAUGUAAUUUAGGUAGGCAAUUUGAUAGUGUUACAAGUUGUAUUUAA